UGACUGGGCAGAUAAAUCCCAUAAUUACUAUCCCUUGGGGCUUUUCUUUGUUUACCCUUUGAAAGGUAUCUGUAGGAAAACAUCUGAUCCUUCCACAACUCUCAGAAUGAUGCACUCUGACAGAACUGGAAGCAGAGCAAGAAAAGACAUCUUCAGGUAGCUAAAGCCGAGCUAGUUCCAGCCUAAGGACGGCAGCAAGCGGUAUAAUGCGGAAGCCAGGCCCUCAGAAAGCCAUAGACUGGAAAGAUGGUAGAAAGCACAAGUAUGGCCGCCCAUCAGAGUCUCCUUCCCAGUACCAAGGUCACUUCACCUGGGAUAAAUACCUGAAAGAAACAUGUGCCAUCCCAGCUCCUGCCCAUUGCUUCAAGCAGUCGUACACUCCACCCAGCAAUGAAUUCAAGAUCAGCAUGAAACUAGAAGCCCAGGACCCCAGAAACACCACCUCCACCUGCAUCGCCACUGUGGUGGGUCUGACAGGCGCACGGCUGCGCCUGCGUCUCGAUGGCAGUGACAACAAGAAUGACUUCUGGCGGCUGGUGGACUCUGCUGAAAUCCAGCCCAUAGGGAACUGCGAGAAGAAUGGAGGGAUGCUGCAGCCGCCUCUAGGUUUUCGGCUGAAUGCCUCCUCUUGGCCCAUGUUCCUCCUGAAAACUCUGAAUGGAGCAGAGAUGGCUCCUCUCCGGAUUUUUCACAAGGAGCCACCGUCUCCAUCCCAAAACUUCUUCAAGACGGGCAUGAAGCUGGAGGCAGUGGACAGGAAGAACCCACACUUCAUCUGCCCAGCCACCAUUGGGGAGGUGAGAGGCUCCGAGGUCCUCGUGACGUUCGAUGGCUGGAGAGGUGCGUUCGAUUACUGGUGCCGCUACGACUCCAGGGACAUCUUUCCUGUCGGCUGGUGCUCACUGACAGGAGACAACCUGCAGCCCCCUGGGACAAAAGUUGUGAUUCCAAAGAGCCCGUUUCCUGUCUCUGAAGGAAGUGCCGAGAAGCCCAGCAUGCACAGCAGCAUGAAGACUGCUUUGGGGCCCCAACCUGAGCAAAAGCGUCGCAAAUCGGGCAAGAAGCGCGGCCGGACGCCCAAGGCCUUGAUCCAUCACCCCAUCCCUACCCCCUCCAAAUCUGUGGAGCCUCUGAAAUUCCCCAAAAAGAGGGGACCAAAGCCUGGCAGUAAGAGGAAACCUCGGACUUUGUUGAAUCCAGCCCCCACCUCUCCAACAACUAGCACCCCAGAGCCAGACACCAGCACUGUGCCCCAGGAUGCUGCUACUAUCCCCAGCUCUGCCAUGCAGGCCCCCACAGUCUGCAUUUACUUGAACAAGACCAGCAGCACCGGGCCUCACCUGGACAAAAAGAAAGUUCAGCAGCUGCCUGACCAUUUUGGACCAGCUCGGGCCUCUGUGGUGCUGCAGCAGGCAGUACAGGCCUGUAUUGACUGUGCUUACCAUCAGAAAACUGUCUUUUCCUUCCUGAAGCAAGGCCAUGGGGGAGAGGUCAUUUCAGCCGUGUUUGAUCGGGAACAGCACACUCUGAAUCUGCCGGCAGUAAACAGCAUCACCUACGUCCUCCGCUUCUUGGAGAAACUCUGCCACAACCUGCGCAGCGACAACCUCUUUGGGAACCAGCCUUUCACUCUGAACCAUAUGCAACACUCCCACGCGUACAGCCACGACAGGUACCUACCAGACAGGAGCAGUUCAUUAGACGGCACUCUGCAGGGACCAGGCCGAGGUACAAAGCGAUACUCCCAAGAUUCCCCUCCAUACAGCGCUCCUCUCUCCCCCAAGUUACCAAAGAAUGACCGUCACCCUUUGGAAGGUGAAACCUUUGUUCUGGGAGACGGCCUCCCAGGGCCCCUGGAACCUCGCCUGGACCCAAUGGACUCUGCCUUGAACUCUGUCAACUCAUCCAGUCCCAGCAGGAACUGCAGAGACUACCGCUUGCAGGGAUACAGGCAUCUGCACCAGCCCUCUAGCCUCACUCAAGGCAAUGCUUCUGCUUUGCGUAGGCUUAGCUCUGGGGGCUCUGAUAGGUACCUAGGAUCUAGAGACUCCUCCCGGCUGAACAGCCGAGACCCCUCUUCCUGGACAGUGGAGGACGUAAUGCAUUUCGUACGAGAAGCUGACCCACAGCUGGGACCCCAUGCCGAUCUCUUUCGAAAACACGAGAUCGAUGGCAAAGCCUUGCUCCUGCUGCGGAGCGACAUGAUGAUGAAGUACAUGGGGCUGAAGCUGGGUCCGGCGCUGAAGCUCACCUACCACAUUGACAAACUUAAGCAAGGCAAGUUCUGAGAGGACUCUUUGCGGGACAGCCCGUGGGAAUGCCGGGCUCCUGGCCACACCCAGUCGCGCCCCCCUGCAGACUGGCACGCAUGCAUCCACCGCAGGCAGACACGGCCCAGAAACGCCUGCAGAUCACUACAUGGAUCCACCAGCCCCCCUCCUUCCACUGUCAGGAGCACAGUAGGCAUGUGAAAGGAGACCAUUUGUUGGCUCCCCGGGGACCAAACAGAGCUCGCCUCAUGGACGUCCUGACGCAAACAGAAGAACCAGUUCCUUGCUCCUCCGCUGAUACUCGUCUGCAGAGCCCAGUCCCUCUGCACCCGAGGGGACGAAGACACCCUGUGUUUUGCAGAGUUCUUCAGCGCCCUGGGCUUCUGUGGUGCUGGAUCCUUUCCCAUUUGUUCCUCUGCAGGAAUGAGACUCUCACGUCUUUCCUCUGCCCCGGUUCCCUUGUCUCUCCUGGCUGUCUGGUCUGGCCUCACCUUGUUUCCUCACUCUGUAUCAGAUGGACAGCUCUGCUGCAGAUGCUACGAUGCUGGCAUUUUCCAUGCCAGGCUGGGCAGGACAGGCUGUGAGAACCCAACUCCUGGAGUUGCAAAUCCACUCCGAGUAACACUAUGGCAAGCUUAAAAGACUGUGCACCCUGUUCCCAGCCCUCCGUGAAGGGCUGUGUGCGGGGGACUGCAGCCCAGAGCAUGGUCACACAAGCCUGCUAGUCCUGCUGUCUUGACAGAGCAGCCUUUCCUCCUUGGCUGGGUCCUCCUGUCCCGGGAGGCCCGUAGCUGGUGAACUUCCUCAUGCUGGCGAUGCCGAGGUGGCAAUUCCUUUGUAUUUAUUUCUGACAAGGCGGGAAGCUCAGCUGAGAGCCCAGAACGGACUGUUAGCGUGGGCUGUGGGCUAGGAGGGCUGGGCGCCCUGUUGAAUUCCUCUCUCUUUUUAAGGGGUCAUCUGUUUAGGAAACAACAAUGAAAUGUUUUUGUAUCUGUUAUGAAAUCGCAACCCUCAGAGCUCUUUACCCAGCAAUGUAAAGGUUCGUCUGUCCAGAUGGUACUGUUAGAAUGGCCUUACCUCUCCAUUUCUUUCUGUCAACCAUCAGCAGGUUCCAGGGGUGUGUGACCGGGGCUGGCUGUGUGACAGCAGCAUCACAACUUCUGGGAAGGCCGUCCCUCUCGCUGCCCUUCCUGGGCCUGUCCCAGCUCCCGGUCGGCACAGCUUGUUUCAAGCUGUUUAAUGUAUUUAUUUGUGAUGGCACUUGAGCAGUGACCCACUGUCCCAUGUCUGAGUUGCUGCAGCUGUAGAGAAAUGAGGUGGAGAAGAACCUAGCCAGGUGCCCCACACCUGCCAUGGGGCAGGAACCUGCUCCCUAGGGAGCCAACAGAACUUUUUCAUGAACUCCGAUGGGAGCAGGCUCUUCAUCACAGCUGUUAGAGCCCUGCAAUGGAAAACAAGGGCUGGGUAAUGCCCCGCACAGUCUCACUGCCUGGUGUGUGACAAGCAGAGGGAAGAGCUGCCAUGCCUCUCGGUGUGUGUAUGAGUCAGCUCGAGGGCAUGGUGGGGCUUGAGCACUGGCCUGCUACCCAUAUGCUGAGAACAUUGCCCAAAUGGACAGGAUGUAGGGAAAUGUCCAUCACAAGCACUUCUUUCCCCUCCUGCCUUUCCCUCUUGCCGUCUGUCCUCUCCCAGCCAGGGGCUCCCUGGGUCAGAGGGCCACGGGAGCUCUUAUGUGGCUCUGCUUUACCCCUAAGGGGAAAUUGGAAAGAAAACCCAAACGUAAUAAAAGGCUGUUUGUAAAACAAGGUCUCUGCUCAAUCCUAGCGGCUGUCCCCAGCACAGCACGACGAACCGGGCGAGGGGCUCGGCCUUGUCGCUCGUCCCAUGGCCAGCGGCAGCACAGGAACCUCCUCCUUGGUUUUCACAUUUCCUUUGCUGCUGUCCAGCUGCAGACGUUCCCCUCGCAGGCAGGUCCCAAUGCAGUGCAGCCCGCGUGCUCCUUGGCACUUACUUUCUGUUGAGUUGUUUAUAAAUAAAAGAAUAACAA